AUGAUCAUAGAGAGCGAUCUCGAUCUUGUAAACGAGGAAGCUGAUAGGCGGGCUGGCAUUGCACGGCCAUCACGGCAAAGUUCUCUGAGAAAGAGCUACAGCAUUCGCAGUCGACGCGGUCAAAGCACUCAGCGUCCUUUGAGCUGUACACUAUCCAGUUGUGCAGAGAGUCGUCCUAUAGACCUGCAGAAAUGUUUGCAACUAUACGUGGUUGAUGCUGUAAAAUUGCUCGAAUGCUUGAUACAACGUGGUUAUGAUGUUGGGUAUUCUUUCAGAGAAGUGUCAACACUCAUGAUCGAAUUUAUUAACACAGUUAUGAGAACUUUCUUGAAAAACCCAAAGAACAUGUGUGAUUUUAGUCAGGCUUGGCUACAGACUAAAGAGGUGCUACGUAUUAUCUGUGAAACACCGACCAGUGUGGAGGUACUUUGCGCCUUGUUAACAACCAUUCAAGAGUUGAGUUUGCGUUAUCUGAAAACGAGAGCAGAGGAUGCUGUUCAAGAUACCGAGUCUAUUUCUUACGCUAUAAAUCAGAUGUGUGAUCUUUCCAAUCGCAUCAAUCAACGCAUGCAACAAUGUCAACGAAGAAAAGCUUACAGACUACUUUUCUAG